AUGAUGUGUUGGAGUAUACUCUUAUUUUUCUAUUUUUUCAUUUUCGCUUUUGGAGUACACUUCAAAGGAGGAACUAUCACAUGGGCUCCGAUUGAUCCAUACGAUAAUGGUACGUCUAUUGGCAUUACCAUCACUCAAUCCUAUGCAUGGACAUUGACACGUGAACCAUGUACCAGUCAAGUUCCACGCUCAAGUAGUAGUACUUACCUGAUGUGUGUUGCUGACUGUUCGACCAAUGGUGGAUACUCUACUGCACCAAUUAAUAUUGUCACUAAUUGUACAUCGACUAGUUCCUCAUUAGACAUGAUGAAAAGUGAAGCGUCAAAAAAGACAACACUAUCUAGUGGUGCACAUUUUUAUUUAGCCUACACAGGAGGUAAUUGGGCAAGUUUACAUGAUCCUCCAACCUCUAGUCUAUCAUGGUCCAUUUUAACAUACAUUGAUCUUCGAAAACGAUCCGAUGGUUUUAUUAAUACACCACCUGUGGCUAAGUUUGUAUCUCCACAAUAUGCUGUAGUGAACAGAACAAUACAAAUUAAUAUUCCUGUUUCGGACGUAAAUGCAGGCGAUGAUGUACGUUGUCGAUGGUCAACGAAUACGUCUAUUGACGAAUGCAGUGGUAUUUGUUAUCCAAACACUGUACCUAAUACUACAACUCUGUCAAAUUGCACAAUCACAUUUACAGGUCAUAAAGCUCGCGUCUUGUAUGCAGUUGCUAUCCAGGUUGAAGACUUUCUCGAUUCGACCAGUAAUACACCUAUGAGUUCAGUACCAGUUCAAAUGAUGAUAUAUGUUCAACCAGAACCGAACUGUUUGAUUAAACCAAUAAUUUCCCCUCUGGAUCGUUGCCUAGAAGUAGAAGUUGCAGACGCAAUCAGUUUUAAUAUAUCUAUCAUCAAUUUAUGCACUUCAACUGUGGUUCGUAUUGCAGAUUUGGUUGUUUUAAGUGAUGUUACUGGCAUGUCUCGCAGUAAUCUCACAACUCCACCAACAAAUUUAUCAUUGUCUUAUGUCAGUUUCAAAUGGACACCACAUGCUAAUCAAAUCGGAUCGAACCAGCUCUGUGUUCUGGCAUUUACAAGUGAAAACUUACAAUCGGAUACAUAUUGUGCCACAUUCAUUGUAUCCAAUUCAUCCAAUCGGUGUUUGGCAACCACCUCAACAUCAACAACAACUACCACUACCACAUCAGCAACAACCACCUCAAUAUCAACAACAACAACUACCACUACCACAUCAGCAACAACCACCUCAACAUCAACAACAACUAACACUACCACAUCAGNGCAUUUUACUCGUUAUAUUUAUUAG